AUGCUGUGGUGCCCUUCUCAUGCUCCUGACAAUGCUGAUCUGUCCAUUUCUGUCCAUCUCUUGAGAAUAUCACUUGUCGAGAAUAUGGGAUCUAAAACUCUCAAGAAAUUCCUUGGCUUGCAAGACCCUCCUAAUCUUCCAGAUAGAAAUACACCUCAUUAUGAGGCUGACCCAACUGUGCUGGGGUGGUUAAGCGACGUCUUUCCUUCCGGAAAGCAGUGUGGGCUGUACUUCGCCAGACUGCUUCCUUUCACACAAUGGAUCAGACACUAUAAUUUUCAAUGGUUUUUGGGUGAUCUAGUUGCAGGGACUACUGUUGGGGCCGUUGUAGUUCCUCAGAGUAUGGGAUAUGCGAAAUUGGCCAACCUUCCUGUACAAUACGGGCUUUAUACAUCAUUCAUGGGGGUCUUGAUCUAUUGGUUCUUUGCAACAUCCAAAGAUAUUACCAUCGGACCCGUCGCUGUGAUGUCUACAGUCGUUGGCAGCAUUAUAAUUGAUGUUCAAAACGUCUACCCAGACAUUCCCGGUCCACAAAUCGCACUCUCAAUUGCCAUAGUUUCUGGGAGUGUCAUCACAUUCAUGGGCCUGACGCGACUUGGCUUUAUUGUCGAUUUCAUCCCCCUUCCUGCAAUCACAGCAUUCAUGGUUGGCUCCUCAGUAACAAUCUGCUCCGGGCAGGUCAAGGGGCUACUUGGUGAAACAGCCAACUUCAGUACUAGUGCACCAGCAUAUAAAAUCAUUAUUGACACCCUCAAGUCUCUGCCCACGUCGCGGGGAUACGAUGCCGCUAUGGGUGUCAGUGCGUUAUUCACUUUAUACUCCCUCCGCGAGGCCUGCAAAUAUGGUGCUCGCAAGCAUCCACGCUAUUCCAAGCUCUUCUUCUUCCUGGAUGCUUUGAGGACCGUGUUUGUCAUUAUUCUCUUUGCUGUUAUCAGCUUCGCGGUCAACUUCCACCGCCGUGCCAGUCCUGCUUUCGCUUUGGUUGGAAGUGUGCCUCGAGGCUUCGAACAUGCCGGUGUCCCAGUACUCGAAGGAGACGUGAUCAAACUCUUUCUUCCGAAGCUACCAGCCUGUGUGAUAGUGCUACUCAUUGAGCAUAUUGCGGUUUCCAAGUCUUUUGGACGAGUCAACAACUACACAAUCGAUCCCUCGCAAGAACUUAUUGCGAUUGGUGUCACGAAUCUCCUGGGCCCUUUCGUCGGUGCCUACCCAGCAACAGGCUCUUUCUCGCGUUCCGCAAUUCAAUCAAAAUCUGGUGUCAGAUCGCCAUUUGCUGGUAUCAUCACUGCUUGCGUGGUUUUGAUAGCCAUGUAUGCGUUGACUCCUGGGCUAUUCUAUAUUCCCAAAGCGUCAUUAUCAGGAGUGAUCAUCCAUGCAGUGGGUGACUUAAUUGUGCCUCCGAACACAAUCUACCAAUUCUGGCUCAUCUCGCCAUUGGACGCCGUGAUCUUUGCAGUCGGUUUGAUUGUUGCAAUUGUGAGCACAAUCCCGAACAGUAUCUACGCAACGGUCUGUUUGUCAGUCGCGGUACUAUUAUUCCGCCACGCAAAAGCCCCAGGGCAUUUCCUAGGCCAAACCUGGGUGAACGACCAAAACUCUCAGCGUCCCCUUUUUCUUUCUGUGGAAGAUGCAGACGCAAAUCCAGCUAUCAAACUCGAGAACCCCCGACCCGGUGUCUUUCUCUACCGCUUUUCCGAAGGCUUUAACUACCCCAAUGCAAACCACUAUUCUGAUAUCCUUGUUAAUACAUUAUCUAAGAGCACCCGCCAAACAAACACAGAAGCGUAUACAAAGAAGGGAGACCGUCCAUGGAACGACCCAGUUUCUUCAAACACAGAUGGCCACCAUCUACCCAUUCUCCGUGCUAUCAUUCUUGAUUUCUCCGCUGUCAAUAAUGUGGAUGUGACAUGUGUACAGAAUUUGAUGGACGUGCGCAAGCAACUCGAUCGUCGCUCCGCCCCUGUUGCUGUACAGUGGCAUUUUGCGAAUAUCAAGAAUCGAUGGACAAAGCGUGCACUCGGUGCUGCAGGCUUUGGGUCUUUGCCAUUAACAGGAAGCCAGGAGACUGCUUCAAGCGAGCUGAAUAGUCAGGAGGGGCCAUCUGAUGUUGAGAUGGCUGGAUCCACCGGCGAGCCUCUUUCUUCGAAACGCUCUGACAACUGGAUUGAGGCUCAAGAAAAACAGUCGGAUGCUUCUGGUCUGAAGGCUGCUAUAUUGAAAAAUAGGACUCGGCCAUUCUUUCAUGUUGAUUUGGCGAGUGCGUUGCGCAGUGUUGAUUUAUACUUGGCAGCAAAUUCUGUGGCAUAG